UCAGUUAUCUAGUACACUCACAAAUAUACCGACCAAACCAAUCUUUGAAUAGCAUUCCUGCACAACAUGAGUGAGACAACAUACCUCAACCCGAACUUUAGUGAACUAGAAAAGGCAAAGGAGACACCACAAAACACAGUUCCAAAGAUACAAAAGGUAGCACAUUAUCUCCGAGAUCGAAAGCAUUCGAAGAAGCAUUACUCCCCCAGGUUGCUUUCUAUUGGUCCAAUCCAUCAUGGUGAACCCAACCUGGAGCUGGGAGAAAAAUACAAGCGUAUGUGGGCAGCAAAGUACCUUGAACGCACCAAGCAAGAUGGCGAAACUCUGUAUGAAAAGUUUGCAUUACACGUCAACCAAUUGAAAGAACAGUAUGCUGAGGAUGUCGUCAGAGACUUCCGUGGUGAUGAUGAAAAGUUUUCGUGGAUGUUAUUUGUGGACGGAUGUUCUCUGCUACAAAUCCUGGACAAGGGAAACCUCAGUCAUCCCGAAGACUUGAAUGCUAAGGUUGACCAACUGGUUCUCGUGUGGCAGGAUGUGCUUUUGUUAGAGAACCAGCUUCCCUACGAAGUGCUUUUACUCUUGUCAGGCCACCAGAACGAUGACACACUGGUAAAAAGCAUGAACAAGUUUCUUGAGUGCCAUCAUUUGUCACCAAAGCAAAGAGAAAACACUCAUGGCACGACCAAGUUUAAGAAAAACGAAGACAGAGUAUCGGAUGAAGAUGGGGACCCAAGUGUUUAUGUGAGGAAAGAAGACUCCCUUAGUCAAGAACACAUAAUAGACAUAAGAAAGGAGCCACCUUUUCAUCUUCUCGAUCAGCUUCGCAGGUACAUCGUCGGUGACGCUCAAGAGGAAACCCAACAUCAGAAAGGUGACGCAGAAAACGGGGAAAGAGACGAGGAAAAAAAUGAAGAUUUGGACAUGACAACAUACAGAAACAUAGAGGAGCUGAAAGCAGCAGGGAUUAAACUCAAGGUAAAAAAGUCACGGAAUCUGAGAGACAUCUCCUUCUCUUAUCGGUGGAUGCGGUUGCGUGCUGAACUGACACUGCCAGAGAUCACAGUUGAUGACACAACAGCUCCUACUUUUCACAACCUGAUAGCGUAUGAGAUGUGUCCAGAUUUUGAGAACAAGUUCGAGAUUAGUUCGUUUGUGGCUUUCAUGGACUCGCUAAUCGACCACCCUGAGGAUGUGAAGGAGCUGAGAUCAGCAAAAGUUCUGUGCAAUUCGCUUGGGAGUGAUGAGGAAGUGGCGAAGCUCUUCAACACCAUAAGCGCUGACUUGGUGCCUAACAGUGAGAGCUAUUUGGGUGUUAGACGGAAAAUUGAAAAGCAUUAUAGGAAGAGAUACAGGGCAUGGCUGGCUCUUGGGUAUCAUACAUAUUUCAGCAACCCUUGGUCAAUCAUUGCUUUCCUUGCUGCACUUCUUGCUCUGGUUCUCACUUUCAUCCAAGCUUGGUUUGCCAUUCACCCUGUUUGUUGAAAUUUCUUUCUUACUUUUCAAUUUCUUUCACAAUUAGGAGUUUCACUUUCUAAGAGGCUCACGUUGAAGUUCUGUUUCUGAUCAAUGUAUU